AUGGUCUUACAGAUUCAGAAUUUUUCAGAAUUAGUGCACAAGGCGAUGCUAGUUGAGCAGAAUCUUAAGAGGGGUGUUGAAUUGCAAGAACAGAGGAAGAGAGCUGCUCCACAAGGGUUUCCUAGUUCGGAUCAAGGGAAGGAAGUGGGAUCAUGUUUCAAAUGUGGUAAGGAUGGGCAUUUCAUUAGAGAAUGUCCAUUGCUUGCGGAGAACAACAGAAGGCCUAACCCACCCCAAAACUUUAGGCCAAAUAAUCAAGGCAACAAUCAGCGGAGGACUGUACCUGCUCGGGUGUUUGCUUUGACACCGGGAGAAGCUGAGGACAAGGAUGAUGUCAUCACAGGAAUUAUUCCCUUAUUUCUCAAUAAGGCUACUGUUUUAUUUGACUCGGGGGCUACCCACUCCUUUAUUUCAAUGGAUUAUGUUAAAUUGUGCCCCAUUGAUGCUGAUGAGAUGGAUUACAAUUUGAGGGUCUCUACCCCAACUGGUGAUAUAGUGACUUGUAACAAGAUUUUACUCAAGUGUCCAAUAACUAUUAGCGGGAAAGAAAUGCCAGCUAACCUGAUAGUCUUUCCUAUGACUGGGGAAGUGGUGUUCAAGUUUCCGGAAGAAGAGGAACUUCGAUUUAUGGGUUCCAGGGUGCGUAUCCCUCCAUCAGUUAUUUCUGCUUUUCAGGUUGAUAAGUUAAUACGUGACGAGUGUCAAGGGUAUUUAGCUUUUGUGGUGGAUGAACCAAAGGAAGAAUUGAAACUAGAAGAGAUUCCAAUUGUGAGGGAAUAUCCAGAAGUUUUUCCUGAAGAUUUGUCUGGAUUACCGCCUGAGCGGGAGGUAGAGUUUGCUAUUGAAUUAGCUCCAGGCAUGGCGCCUCUUUCCAAAGCCCCUUAUCGAAUGGCGCCAUCAGAGUUAGCUGAGCUCAAAGAACAGUUACAAGACUUGUUAGACAAAGGUGACAAGAUAGAUAGAGACUGUAUUCAAGUAAUAGAUAAUGCGCUGCAUGAGUCAGAAUCAGUACUGCAGACUCUACUGGCCAAAGCAGAUAUACAAUGUCCCUUUCUUUUCGCCACACCUUUUCCUCGAAGGCUUGUGCUGGGCUACGUAUGGAGGAAGGCCGAUUUGCUACCUUCCGGUGUCCGGCGUCUACCACGCGCCCUAUUGCAGACUUCCCAAGGCACCAAUCCUUCAGACGGGUGA